UUUGAAACGCAUACAUAAUCUCUCUCUCUCUCUCUCCACUCUAUGUUCUACGCUGCCUGCUUCUGCGCCUAAAAUGUCGCCAACGGUAGGAAAAUGCAAUAAAAUCAGGCACAUAGUCAGAAUCCGGCAAAUGCUACGACAGUGGCGCAAAAAAGCUGCGUCAUCAUCAACCUCCCGCUUCACCGGCGUAAGCGUACCGUCCGAUGUGGCUCCGGGACAGGUACCAAUCUACGUGGGGACCAAUUGCAAAAGGUUUGUAGUUCGAGCGACGUACCUGAACCACCCCAUCUUCAAGAAACUCUUAGUUCAAGCUGAGAAAGAGUACGGGUUCACCAAUCCAGGACCUUUAGCUAUACCUUGUGAUGAAUCGGAGUUCGAAGAGAUACUCCGAUUCAUGUCAGGACCCGAGUCGGUCAUCUCGGAUCGGUUCAAUAGUCUGGAGGACUUUCAAAGAUGCCGCCUUGUUGGGUAUGAUAGUUUGGGUGAAUCUCGACCUUUGCUUAAUGGGCUUUCCGAUGAAUCAGUCUUUUAAGGAACAAGUGCUGGAGCGAGUGAUGUGAGUCGACUCGGGUGUUUCUUGAACUAACUAUUUUUAAUAUUUUGGGUGAGUUAGUGAGUUACAAUCUUUUACUCUUAUCUUUGUUGAAUCCGUUGUGAUGUUUGUUUUUUGGUUAUUAUUAUUAUUAUUUUGUUUUUAUUUUUUGGUUAAGGAGAUGGCAAAGAUGAAUUGCAAAUCAACUCUGAUAAAAAAAAAAAAAAAAAAUGUAACUCAACCGAGUCGUCCCGAGUUCAAACUGGAAGAAGGUAUUCAAAUGAGAAACUAUAAAAUGUUUGUUUUUAUUUUGUCUAUUUUUGGAGUGAUUGUGUUAGAUGUGUUGUAUCGCAGCAGCGAGUUUUCUUU